GGGGCCGGGCUGGGACCCCGCGGGCCGCCCCACUGCUUCCCUCCGGGCGGCGGUGGCCGCGGGGCUUUGGGGACCGAUAUUCCGGUUGUACAGGGGGGCGGGGCGGAACCUUUCUCCCCCGCCUGCUGUCGCUUCCCCCCGGGCCCAGGUGUCGCCGGACCGGGAGUGGAGGCUUUAUUACAAACAUGGACCCUGCGGGCCCUGAGCCUGGGGAGCGGUCCUCCGGGCUGGAGGCUCCGGGACUCGCCGAAGACCGGCUCUUCCUGGUUAAAGGCGGACUUUUCCUAGGUACUGUUGCUGCUGCGGGAAUGCUAGCUGGAUUCGUUACAACGUUAUCUUUGGCUAAAAAGAGAAGUCCUGAGUGGUUCAAUAAGGGAAGCACGGCCACCGCUGCGCUGCCGGAGAGCGGGUCUUCCCUGGCCUUGCGAGCCCUGGGCUGGGGCUCACUGUGUGCAUGGUGCGGGGUUGGCGUGAUCAGCUUCGCGGUCUGGAAAGCUUUAGGAGUUCACAGUAUGAAAGACUUUCGAAGUAAAAUGCAAUCAAUAUUUCCAGCAAUUCCCAGGAACUCCCAACCCACUGUCGAGUGGGAGGAAGCAUUGAAAUCCAAAUGAGAUGAGCAUGGCGGGGAAUUCCCAAACGGCUUCGGAGACGCCCGGCAGCCAAGGGACUCACGGAUUUCUCCUCGGGAAGACGCGCCCAGUGUGGUCUGCCCGCGGAUGGACACGGCCGGUGUGUUCACACUGUCCCUCGCUUUGCUGUAAACUUCAUGUGGCGCGCCUGUGCAUCUGUGUCGUUUUGGGGGUGGGGGGGUGGAGGAUAAAUUUUUCCCAAAGUCAGGAAGACCUUUUAAAAUGAUACGAUAACUUCUCUGGGUGGAGGAGAUCCCCGGGGUGUACUUCUGUGUGUGACUGUAAUAGCUGAAGCCAAGUUCUGUACCUGAAAAAAGUUUCUAACAGCCUGUGAUGGAAAAUGCUGAUAACAGGCCCCAACUGCAGCAGCACCUCAUGUGCGUAAUUGAGAGAGUUUCAGCAGGUCUUGCCUGUCAGUCAUGGCUGUUGGGACUUGGGACACUCGCUCCUGCCGCAGACCCUGCAGUGACGGCCGGGAGGACCUGAGCCUGGGCAGCUGGGCGCUGCCCUCGGAGCCGGUCUGAUCCGCACGUGCUCCUUAUGAACCUACAGCCCCACCUGCAGCCUGUAAAUGCUCCCGCUGGGCAAGAGCCAGUGACAGAUUACAAUGACUCGGAAAAGCACAGCUGUGCUCAAAUAAGGGCAAGGACAUCAUGGGCAUUAGACAUAGUAUUUUGAGAAAUUGGUCCCGGGUCCCUAAACGUUAACUGACAGUUUAUAGUUUUGUCUCAGUUGUCAAUGUAAAAAUUGCCCAGUUAUGGCCUACCUAAACAAAUAUUUUUAACCAGAAAAUUAUCUGAGUGUUAAGUCUCAGUAUUAAUUAUUUAGUACUGCCUUGCUGAUGAAACUGGCAAAUUCUUAUAUACACACCCAACCAACCCUUUUCUGUCCUCCACGAGCUCUUACAGGAAACAGAAUAAUGUCUAAUUGCAAUUAUUUUUUACUGGAGAUUUAAAAAUUUUAAAGAAAAAGGAUAUGUCAAUAUGUCCAGAAAAAUAACCUCUGGUUGAAUAUCAAUUGUCCAAUUUCUUUAUCAUUGUUUAGGCCCUAAUUAGCAAUCAGGUUUAAUAAAGUGUAUUUGAAAUUAA